ACCUCCCCUCCAUUCAAGAUAAUCACAUUCAUAUUCACAUUCAUGUUCCAAUCAAUUGAUGAUGAAUUUAAAAGUGGGUGAGAGAUUUCGCACUUUCUACGAUACUCUUAUUAAUGAAUAAACCCGGCAACUCUUCGGAAUCAAUCCCGACUCAAAAAUUAAUUUUUUGUUUUCUUACAGUCAUACCAGCCCAGAUUCGCCCCCAUCUUCCCCAGUAUUAAUUUCCUCUCCAAUUGGAGAAAUCGUUGAAUUGCUUGGAGCUAGGUAGAUAAAAGUUUGGUUGGUCCCGUUGUCUUAUUCUUCUUAACUUCAAUUGAGAAGGGAAAAGAAGAAAAAAAGAAAGUUGACCGUUGACCGUUGAGAUUUGCUGGUCGUACCAAUUCACCAAUUGUCAGCUCGCUCACGAUAUCCUCGACCAAGAGAAAAAAAGAAAAAUUAUCCCAAGUCUGACAACUCGACAAUUCAAUUCCUGUUUGAGUGCGGAAACUCCAGGAAACUCCACAAUUCCUCGCAGAUCUUCCUCCGAAUUUCGGUCACUCAUUCAAAAGAAACUCAUCCCAAGUACACAGUAUCCAUUGGACGAAUUUAACACACUAUUUGGAGAGUUGCAGAUUCAAAGGGUCAAAUCAUGACAGGGACAGAUCUCACAACGGCGAAGGGGGUGGUGAAGGAGUCAUUGUUGGGCUCAACUGUGGCAGAGGAUAUUCAACUUUCCGCUCAAUCGAAAGCUACUUUUGAGAAGAAUUCGCGGAAGGAUGAGUCCGGAGCUGAGGAUUAUAUGACUGAGGAAGAUUUUGUAAAUGCCAUUGCGCCGGAAGGAGAAGAUUAUCAUAAAAUCAAACGAGAACAAUAUGCAAUUCUAUUCCGUGUAGCUGAUCAAAGAAAUACUGGUAAAAUCAGUUUACAUGAUUGGGGAACUUUCGAAAAUCUCCUUGCCAAACCCGAUGCCGAAUAUGAAAUCGCAUUCCGUCUUUUCGAUAUCGAGCGAACCGGCACUGUCAAAUAUGAUGAUUUGAAGAAGUUAUAUGAAUUAAACAAGGGUCCAGAUUCCAUACCUUUCGAUUGGAGUUGCGAAUGGGCUACUUUAUACAGUGGAGGAAAGAAGAGAAGACAUGAUUUGACUUAUCCACAAUUCUCGCAGAUGCUUCGAGGUUUACAAGGAGAGAGAAUACGUCAAGCUUUCCACCACUUUGAUAAAGAUGGAGAUGGAUAUAUUGAACCAGAGGAGUUUCAAAGAAUUAUUCUCGAAACAGCAAAACAUAAACUCUCGGAUCAUCUUCUCGAAAAUUUACAUACUCUCUGCAAUAUCUCGGCUGGUAGCAAGAUUUCAUACGCAAAUGUUAGAGCAUUCCAAAAUAUGAUUAGGGAGAUGGACUUGGUGGAGAUGGUCAUUCGACAGGCAACUGCAGAAAGCACCGAUGGAAAGAUUACCAGAACCGAUUUCCUAAAUGAAGCUGCAAGAAUUACUAGAUUUUCUCUCUUCACUCCUAUGGAAGCCGAUAUUUUAUUCCACUUUGCCAGUCUGGAUAAUCCUUCUGGCAGACUCGGAUUAUCUGAUUUUGCAAAGGUCCUCGAUGCCUCAUGGCGCAAUCCUUUGUACAACGCCUACGAUAAAAGGGCUAACGGCAAUGGUGUGAAAACAGCUGGUGGAAGUGUUCUGUAUAGCGUUCUCGAAUCUGUACAUCAUUUCGCAUUGGGAAGUUUAGCAGGAGCUUUUGGCGCAUUUAUGGUAUACCCUAUCGAUCUUGUCAAAACUCGUAUGCAAAAUCAAAGAUCUUCAAGAGUUGGAGAAAUGUUGUACAAGAAUUCUUGGGAUUGUGCUAAGAAGGUUGUGCGCAAUGAGGGGUUCAAGGGUUUAUAUUCUGGUGUUUUACCACAACUUGUUGGUGUUGCUCCAGAAAAGGCUAUCAAAUUGACAGUCAAUGAUCUUGUUCGUGGUCAUUUCUCCUCCAAGGAUGGCAAGAUUCAACUUAGGCAUGAAAUUCUUGCUGGUGGUAUGGCCGGUGGUUGUCAAGUGGUCUUCACUAACCCCCUUGAGAUCGUCAAAAUUCGUCUACAAGUUCAAGGAGAAGUCGCGAAAAGUGUUGAAGGCACUCCUCGCCGCUCAGCUAUGUGGAUCGUUCGUAACCUUGGUCUUGUCGGUCUCUACAAAGGAGCAUCAGCAUGUCUCCUCCGUGAUGUUCCUUUCUCCAUGAUUUAUUUCCCUACAUAUAACCAUUUGAAGCGCGACUUCUUUGGUGAAAGUCAAACCAAAAAAUUGGGUGUUGUGCAUUUAUUGACUGCUGGUGCCAUUGCGGGUAUGCCAGCUGCUUAUUUGACUACACCUUGUGAUGUUAUCAAAACCAGAUUACAAGUUGAAGCCAGAAAGGGAGAAUCUCAAUAUACAUCUCUUCGUCAUGCCGCAAAAACCAUCUUGAAAGAAGAAGGAUUCAAAGCAUUCUUCAAGGGUGGACCAGCUCGUAUCCUUAGAUCUUCCCCACAAUUCGGUUUCACCUUGGCUGCGUAUGAAGUUCUUCAAAAUCUUCUUCCAAUGCCAGGUCAUGCCAAGGAUGAGAGACCUCAUGUUGGUGUAGCGGGUGCCGCCACAUUGCCAGGUCAGGAUGGACCACUUCAUUAUUUGAGAAGUAGAAAUGCGUUGAAAAUCAUUUUAGAUUUGGAUCAGGAGUUUGGAAGAGUAAAGAUCCCUGGAAAGGAAAAGUGGAUGGGAUUACCUAGAGCGAUUGGUGGAAAUGGUACUGGAAGUGCUUAGAGGGAUAGAAGGGGAGUGAAAAUUAUAUGAGUUAGGUGAAUGGAGGCGGGGAAGUGAAAAAUAAAUAGAGAGAGGAAGACAGAAAGAAAGAAAGAGAAAUUCAUGACCUAUUUUGCAUGUAUUUCGAUUAAUUGGAUGGUGUCUGAUUUGAUUUGGGACCUGGGCGUGGGUUUAGACUGAUGAAUAGAUAUGAUGGGAUAGAAUCGAUAGAAUAGAAUCGAUGAGGGUUGGGGGAGGUAGGUGGAGGAGGGGAAGGGGGUAGACUUAGAUCUUAGAUCUUUGGAUCG